CGCAACCACGGUCACAUUUAUCGCGGCAAAAUUUUGACGCCGAAUUAAAAGAAAAGAACGCCGCGGAUUGGGUGAUCUCCAUCGCAUUAAAAUGUAUGUCAAGAAGCUUGUGCUGGACGGCUUCAAGUCCUACGGCCGACGCACGGAAAUUGACGGAUUCGACCCGGAGUUCACAGCUAUUACGGGCCUGAACGGCUCCGGAAAGUCAAACAUCUUGGAUAGCAUCUGCUUUGUGCUGGGAAUCAGUAAUCUGCAAAAUGUACGCGCCUCUGCUCUACAGGACUUGGUGUACAAAAACGGACAAGCGGGCAUCACCAAGGCCACUGUUACCAUUGUGUUUGACAACACAAACGCCGCCCAGUGUCCGCAGGGAUAUGAAAAGUGCCGGGAGAUCUCUGUGACCCGCCAGGUGGUCGUCGGGGGCAAGAACAAGUUCCUCAUUAAUGGCAAACUAGUACAAAAUAAGAAGGUGCAGGACUUCUUCUGCUCCAUCCAGCUUAACGUCAACAAUCCCAACUUCCUCAUUAUGCAGGGCAAAAUCCAGCAAGUGCUGAACAUGAAGCCAAAAGAGGUUCUGUCUAUGGUGGAAGAGGCAGCUGGAACAAGUCAAUACAAAACAAAAAGGGAUGCCACCAAAACACUGAUCGAGAAAAAAGAGACCAAAGUGAGGGAGACCAAGGUCUUGCUUGAUGAGGAGGUGCUGCCCAAGCUGGUUAAACUUCGUCAGGAACGCUCUGCCUACCAGGAGUAUCAGAAGAUCUGUCGCGACAUUGACUUCCUCAUCAGAAUUCACAUUUCCGCUAAGUACCUCAAGCAAUGUGAAACGCUGAAAACUGUUGAAGCGAAUGAAAAGAAAAUCGAGGAUCGCAUAGCCAACUGCAAGGCAACGCAUGCCAAGAAUCUCGAGGAGGUUGAAAAUAUCGAUUCGUCGGUAAAUGAUAUGCAGCAGCAAAUCGAUGCAGAAAUGGGCGGUUCUAUACAAGAUCUAGAAACACAGCUUAAAGCUAAGCGCGCACUGGAGGCCACUGCCUCGGGUAGUUUAAAGGCGGCACAGGGAACCAUUGAGCAAGAUGAGAAAAAAAUUCGCAUGGCCUCCAAAAAUAUAGAGGAUGAUGUACGUGCUCUGGGCAAAAAAGAGGCGGACAUGGCUAAGGUGCAAGGCGAGUUUGAAAGCCUUAAAGAAGCAGACGCUACGGACUCCAAAGCCUAUGAGGACGCUCAAAAAAAGCUGGAGGCUGUUUCGCAGGGAUUAUCCACCAAUGAAGACGGACAGGCCUCAACGCUACAAGAGCAAUUGAUGGUGGCAAAGGAGCAAUUCAGUGAGGCACAGACUACUAUUAAGACGUCAGAGAUGGAGCUGCGCCACACGCGAAGUGUCUUACAGCAGAGGGAAGGUGAGACGCAAACCAACGAUGCCGCCUACAUUAAGGAUAAAAGCCUGCAUGAUCAGUUGGUGGUAGAGAUCAAGAACCUGGAACGGCAGCUGCAAGGCCUCAACUACGAAGGCGGCCAGUUUGAACAACUUAAACAGCGACGAAACGAUCUGCACAUGCGAAAGCGCGAGAUCAAACGAGAACUUGAUCGAUGUAAUGCUUCGCGCUAUGAUUUACAGUACCAAGACCCGGAGCCCAACUUUGAUCGCCGGAAGGUUCGCGGCAUGGUGGGCAAGUUGUUUCAGGUCAAUGACAUGCAAAACUCUAUGGCCCUUGUGACCACUGCGGGAGGAAAUCUAUACAGUUAUGUUACGGACGACGACGUGACCAGCAAGAAAAUUCUGCAGAGGGGCAAUCUCCAGCGUCGUGUUACUUUGAUUCCGAUCAAUAAGAUUCAGUCCGGUUCGCUGAGUAGAAACGUUGUGGAAUAUGCUCAAAACAAAGUUGGUUCUGAAAAUGUUCAAUGGGCCAUGUCGCUGAUAAACUAUGAUCGCUACUAUGAGCCGGUGAUGAAGUACUGCUUUGGCGGAACCCUUAUCUGUAGAGAUCUGGAUAUAGCUAAGCAAAUUAGCUACGAUCCGCGUAUUAAUUGCCGUUCGGUGACUUUGGAGGGAGAUGUUGUUGAUCCCCAUGGCACUGUGUCUGGAGGUGCUGCUCCCAAGGGCGCUAAUGUCCUGGAGGAACUGUAUUCCAUUAAGAAAAUAGAAAGGGAGUACAAGGAGAUUGACGCUGAGAUUUCGCAAGUAGAGGAGCAAAUGGCAUCCAUUGAAAACCUGGCCCACUCGUUCAACAAGAUGAAGGAGAACCUUGAGCUGCGCCAGCACGAGCUAACCAUGUGUGAAAAUCGUUUGGCCCAAACGACCUUUCAGCAAAAUCAAGCAGAAAUAGAAGAGAUGAAAGAAAGAGUCAAGACCCUCGAGCAGCAAACUGCCGCCGCCCGAGAGAAGCAAAAGACUUCACAGGCCAAAAUCAAGGAUAUCGAGGCCAAGUUGGCAGACGCUAAGGGCUAUCGUGAGCGUGAAUUAAAAGCGGCCACCAACGAAGUAAAACUCACCAAGCAACGGGCGGAAAAGUCCCGGACUAACUGGAAGAAACGAGAACAGGAGUUUGAGACUCUCCAACUCGAGAUCACUGAGCUGAAGAAAACGAUCGAAACAGCUAAGCAGCAGCACCAGGAAAUGAUCGACAACCUCGAGAAGUUUAAGGCCGAGCUGGACGCCUUGAAAGCAAACAGCUCAAGUGCCGCAUCCGAAGUGACAGAACUGGAGCAAGCCAUCAAAGCACAAAAGGACAAAUUGAACGCGCAGAACAAAGAAAUGCGAAAUCUGCUGGUCAAGAAAGAUAAAAUGCUAAAGCAGAAUCAGGAGAUUGAACUUGAGGUUAAGAAGAAGGAGAAUGAGCAGAAAAAGAUUAGUACGGAGGCCAAUGAGGCAAAGAAACGGAUGAACGCUCUUGAGACGAAAUAUCCUUGGAUCCCGGAAGAGAAGAACUGUUUUGGCAUGAAGAAUACCCGCUACGAUUAUAGCAAAGAGGAUCCUCACGAGGCGGGCAACAAGUUGGCAAAGAUGCAAGAGAAAAAGGAUAAAAUGGAACGCACCCUCAAUAUGAACGCCAUCAUGGUGCUGGAUCGCGAGGAGGAAAACUUUAAGGAGACCGAACGCCGCCGAAAUAUUGUUGCGAUGGACAAGGAAAAGAUCAAGAAGAUCAUUGUAAAGAUGGAUGAGGAAGAGCAGGAUCAGUUAAAACGAGCGGCUACCGAUGUUAAUGCUAAUUUUAGCGGGAUCUUUAGCUCACUUUUACCAGGUGCUGAUGCCAAACUUAAUCCCGUCUAUACCAAUGGCUGUUUGACUGGCUUGGAGAUCAAAGUUGGCUUUAAUGGAAAAUGGAAGGAGAGCCUGGGUGAACUUUCCGGUGGUCAAAAGUCCCUGGUGGCUCUAUCCCUCGUUUUGGCCAUGUUGAAGUUCUCACCGGCUCCCUUGUACAUUUUGGAUGAGGUAGAUGCCGCUCUAGACAUGUCCCACACCCAGAACAUUGGCAGCAUGUUAAAGCAGCACUUCACCAAUUCGCAGUUUUUAAUUGUAUCUCUCAAGGAUGGUCUCUUCAACCAUGCCAACGUAUUAUUCCGAACGCUCUUUGCGGAGGGUGUGUCCACCAUCACCAGACAGGUCAGCAGACAGGCAACCACCAGCAAACGCUGACUUUGGUGUCGCCUAAUUAUUAUAGAUAAUCUCGUCGAGCGGAAUUACUUUUUUUAAAAGUUUUUUCAGUUUGAAUAAAAUAUUUCUUAAGCCGUAAAAAAUAAAUUUCAAAGCGUCAACAAUGCUGAUUGCAUGUUGUUUUCAGA